GACAUCCUCCUUGCCUGGGGAACUGUCCAAUCCAACAGCAUGCGUGGAGAUUGUGUUAGGUAGGAAGUGAAAUAUAAAUAUGCCCUAAUCGUGAAAAACACGUUGGGUCCCACACUUCUAAGCUCUGGGCUGAAGAUCAUACCGAUCUUACCUCCUCCCUCAAAACUUGAAAAAGGGCUUGUUUUUUUUUUUUGGAUCCUUCUAUUAAACUAAAUCUACCAGAACAAUGGCACCCAAGAAGGAUGUGAAGAAAGCUGAACCCAAAGCUGCAGCUCCUGCCCCAGCACCUGCCCCAGAACCAGUAAAACCCAAAGAACCAGCAUUUGAUUUAUCCAGCAUCAAGGUAAUAGGGAUUGCAAUGGGAUUGACUUUGUAUGGUCACUGGAAAACCAGGGAUAAAUGGAAAGGGGACAGGGGACAUCAAGGUUUUCAUGCCAUCCUGAGAUUGUUUAAUAUCUGAUAAUUUAAUGAAUGCCCCUCAAACCAGAUCAGAAUAUUCUUGAAACUGAAAUCUGCCUCUCGUCAAUAUUUUCAGCACUGGAAUUAAUAUGAAUUUAUUAAUAUGAAUUUAAAAAUAAAUAUUCAGAAAGCAAUGCUUUUUUGCUUGGAUUUUACCAUUUUAAGCAUCCAUUGUCAAUGCUGAAUAUGACAUUUAUUACACUGCUAUGAUUCUUUUAUCUUGUAUUCAAUUUAUUAAUAUAUUGCCCACAAUCUACUCUGAAUACAUUUCCCUAAUCAGAGAUCUAGAACGUCUACUUUAAUCUCAGACUAUUUGGCAUUUUUAAAAUGGAAACUUGAUUUUGCAACAAAGUAACAAUUUCAUACUACACUUUAUGUGCUGGGCAAUGUAAAACUUUUCUAAAACAACCUUCUCUUACUAAUUGACCUUUGCAACAUUUUUUUUUAUUUUCAAUACACAUUUAAAUCCCUUUGCUUUCCAGUGACUACAUGUCUUUUUCUUUUGCAAGAGUUAUGUGGGUUUUUGUUUUUUGUGUGUGAACUAAUACAGUUUGAGGUUGUGUGUUUAGUGAAAGGUUGCUCCUUUUAGUUCUGAUAGUGUGAUCAGUACAACUCAAUGCAGAGUUCUACUGACAGGUGGCUAGUCAGUCAGACAAAGUAUCUCCCAAACUGCCACGCCCCUGGCCUUCUGAUUGGUCUGUAAACAUGGGCCCCUCAUUACUAGUAGAGGGGAUGCCCUAAAAUGGAAUAUUGAGGGGUUGGCUCCUCUCUUGCUGGAUUGCUUCAGAUGUCUUCCUUGGCUUAGAAUAGAAUGGAGACUGUUCUGAAGUAGAUUGCAGCUUAGUCUAAUUUGGUCUCACUGGACAAUUGAGGAUUGGGGUGGAUUCACUGAACGAUGAUCUAUGAUGAAUUGACAACUGACUUGGACAAAAAAAUGCUUAAAAUGUCAUAAGCCAUUUGUGAAUUCAUCUCCUUUUCUCAUAGUGAACAAACCUUCUUGUGUCUUCUACAUAAAUAUCUGCCUUGAUCCCCAACUUUUAUUGGAGUUAACCCUUUAUGUCUUUUAACCCUUUUACCCAUCAGACGGCAGGGUAGAAGGGUUAAAAGAGUUGUGAAGGCGGCCUAUUUAAAUUCUAGUUAUGCAAAUAGUUACAUUUGUGAGAUGAUUGAUUUUGCUCUCAGAUUUAGUUUUACAUGUUUUGAUUGGUUGUUACAGUUACUUGGUACCUACUUUCUAUUCAUAUCAGUCACACUAACUGCUAUUUCAAUAUAAAACCAUUCAGUGCUUUAACGCUUUAUAAAGAGACUGUAAGAAACGUUAAAGUAUCUCCUUUUAAAGUCUAAAGAUUGUGAGGACUCAGCAUUGUAUCUGUGAUCAGUUAAAUAAUGUGGGGAGCUUGGUAUGAUUUUAUUUUAUUCAUAUACAUUGGAGCAGGCUUUUUCUGGUUUUGUGUGUCACUAAUGUGUUAUUAUUUUGAUUGGCAUAAAAUGUGUUCAUUAAAGAUUGUUUGAAAUGUAAUGUUUCAGUCAGCUAGAGUCUCAUACAAUUACAAUCAGCACACAUCAAAAUGCUUACACAGAUACACCGUGAUUUAAUUCCUGUUUACACUUCACAUGGGCCAGUCUCUCCCAAAAAUAUUGAUUUAGGGGGGGAAGAAAACCAUUUAGUUACAUUUGGGACUUUUUCAAUCUUAGCUAUUGAGCUUGGAUCCUACAAGUCUUCUUAACUGUUUUUUGGAAAGACCAUCUGACUGGCUGUCUUAGUCCAGGUGUCUGUUCACUAAAACGUGAUUUGUAGUGACUGUUGUAAAUAGCCUAGAUGAUUUUUUUCCCCCCUCAAUUCUGUUAUUUUUUCCUAAUUAAUUUAUAAUAAUUAUUUCUUCAACUCAUCUAAGCUCACCGUCUAGUAAAUAAUCCUACUGGUAGUAAAACAACUCACAAAAAUAAAUAAAUGCAAGGUAGGGGUUCCAAGUUUUAUAAUUUUAUGGUAUGUAUUUAUUUACCUGAAAUAAACCGAAAGAAUAAAAUAAUGACACACACCCAAGCAGUGUGUCCCAAAUUUCAGAGGAUCAAAAUUUGCAGGUACAUGCAGAGAGUGCCACCUACUGGUUCUUUCCUGCAGUAACAAUUCUGUUGGACGAACUAAUCUUACAUGGUGAUUCACUAUAUUAGUGUGAUAAUUCAAAGAGAAUUUCAAAUUUAAGGCCAGAAUAGCCAAAAUUAAUGCAAAGCUGAUUUAGACAAUUUUUCCAGUUCUACUAUUUAGUACUUACAUUUUAAAUUCAUGUUGAAUUCAACUUAAGUUCUCACUUUUGUGAAUAACCUUGUUACAUGAUCUGUAUACCAGUGUUCUUCCAAAUUGUCAGCAGGCCCAUUUAUGCCAGGAAUUUAAGACAUCCACCAGGUGCAACAAUAAGCAAUACAAAAAGGACCAGUGGUCAACACAAAGACAAAUUAAGCCCCUUAGAGCAUUAUAUCAUAACAUGUAGUUAAUAUAGGGAUGUCAUAACUGCCAUGUUUCCCAGGACUCAUAUUACUUACACAGAUUACCAGGCAACAUAGGGAAAGUGCUGAUAUGGCAGCUGAUAUACGCAAUUUAGUUGGGAAAUAAUGGAGUGGCAAAGGUUUUCCAGUGCUACUUGUGUAAUUCUAAAAAUGAAAAAGGAAAUGUGAAUAUUGGUGUUUAUUCAUUAACCAUAGCAUUGUAUAAAACGUGAAGCCAAAUUGCAAAAUGAUCAAACUGUGAGUUAGAGGAUUUCUCCUAAUCAGCUCAUUUGCCCUAAAUGUUGCAAUUUGUUUUUUAAUUAACUACAAAUUUGUGAUUCACUAAUAAAUUGUGUUUUCAUAAAUACAUGCAUUGGAAAUAGCACCUGAGUAUAUUUUUUUAAGGCCCGCUACUACCUACAAUGUUAUUUACUAAAGUGUAAAUUGUUUGAAAUUUAAAGUGAAUUUCAAAUAUUAGACCAUAAUAGCCAAAUUGGACCUUAAAUUUGAAAUUCACAUUGAAUUCCCAAGAAUUCACUUUAAUGAAUACCACCAACUGUUCAGUCCUUCCAAAAUACAUUCCUCAACCUAAUAUAGGUCAGAAUGUGUCAGGAAACCACAAUUUUUCAUCUUUUUUCCAUUUAGUAGCAGCCCAAUCAGAUCCCUGCCCCUAGUAUAGGACGGUUCUGCAAUCUGUGUCCCUCAAAUAGAUCUCUGGAUCCGACACAGACAUGGCAAUAAGGAAUGGUACAAGUGCCAGUUCUAUUGCAUAACAGAACUAAGAUAAUGUUUAUAUUGUGAUUCUUGAAACUGCAUGUGUUGUGCCCGCAGUGCCAAAUUCCAAGAGAUAUAAAAGGCUUGCCCUGGGCUUACAAUGUAUGUGACACUAUGCCUGGAUCGAGGUACAUCCUUGCUAAUUGUCCUCACUGGCAAAAGGAUACAUUUGUAUAAGCACUUACACUUCUGAGUGCCAGAGGGCUGUGCGACACUUUGUGAACCAACCCGAGCUUUCUGAAAAUGAGAUAUAUAUGUACAAACACACACAUACUCAUAAGGUACACACUAUAUAAUCAUUCGAGAUGUUUUUUGGCGUGGUUAUGUGUGAGCAUGCUUUGUACCUGUCUACAUGUGACUAUCAGGGUAAUUCAUUCAACUCUAAAAAGUAACAAAUUGAAUCUGAAUCGUAAACUUUAAACUAAAAUGGCCAAAUUUUUAAUAUGGCUGAGUCACAGAAUUUUUCCAGAUUAAUUAUUUUGUCUAAAUUAUUCAACUUGGAUAUCAAUUCACAUCAAUUUGGAGUUGUGUGAGUAACCUCUUGUGAACAGCAUGCAAUCUGCCUUUAUGUUGCUAAUAUUUUUACUUGCCAGGCACUCAUUGGCGGAUGGAAUACUGCAAUCUUGGGAUCAAGGGAAGUAUCUACUUUCAAUGGACAAUGCAUUGACAGACAGAACUAUGACAUGUGUAUCUCCCAUUCACAGGCUCUAUUAUUUGCAGAAUGAUGCUACAUAUCAGAGCAUUCACAGAGGAGAUAGCAGCAGCAUAGGAUUAAGUGGGUUGUUCUAGGUGUGACACUAUAUACAACACAAACAUCAAAAUUCUCACCUGCAAUUGGCCACUCACCUCUGGUAGACUUAGAAUGAUAGGAGUUUACACUACUCUUGAUUAUGACCAUUAUUCACACUAGUUAUGUUUUUUAACCCCUUAAGGACACAUGACAUGUGUGACAUGUCAUGAUUCCCUUUUAGUCCAGAAGUUUGGUCCUUAAGGGGAUAAAUAUUGAAGAAGAACCCUCUCUCCUCCAAUUAUUUAACUAGUUAGGAGCUCCUACCUACAGCCUAGGGUUAAGUAUCUGGGGCAAAUUAAAAAAUAAAGCGCCCACCUGGAACCUUCCUGAGGUUUUAAUAAUGUCUGGAACUUUGUCCUAGGAUUCUUUGCUCUUAUACAUAAUCUGCACAUUGUGAAAGGGUUAAGAAAGGCCUAAACCAAACAUUAUGCAAGUCUGUACUGGGAUUAACGUAUUCACCCACUUUAUAUUGUAGUAGUAACUGAAUUGUAUACUAUAGAACAGGGGUAGGCAACCUUCGGCACUCCAGAUGUUAUGGACUACAUCCCCCAUAAUGCUCUUACACCCAUAAGGCUGCAAAGCAUCAUGGAAGGUGUGGUCCAAAACGUCUGGAGUGCCGAAGGUUGCCUAUGUCUGCAUAGAAGGAUAGUCAGAGCAAAAAAAUUGAGUCAUUAAAUCUGGCAGACAUAUUCACUAAAGUGUAGAAUGUAAGGAAUUCAUAUUGAAUUAAAAAAAUUCUCAGUCAACAAUGUUUUCAGUUAUUGUGGACUACAAUUUGUAUUGCUCUCAUGAAUUACCAGGAAUCCUUCUGCUUCCAAUAUUAGAAUCUCUCUGAUCAAUGACUUGUAAUGUCCAAACACACAUACCAUAGCUCAGAGGUAGAUAAUAUUCUUACUCAAGUUAUUGUAAGACUACAUUUCCCAUGAUGCUCAAUACGCUGCUUUAAGCAAAAGGCAUAUAUGGAAUUGUAUUCCAAAUUAUAAAGUUAAAAGCCAUCCCCUUUCAUUAUGCAACUUCAAUUUGGAAUAAAACAAAAAAGGAAAGAUUAAAAUACACUUUCUAAAAGGCUUUCUCUGUACUGAGUAAACCCUACAAAUUGUUAUAGUGCAUUACUCAGAAAGGCCUGUAGGUGGCACUAAGCACUCAGCAUAUAGUCAGGGAAAUAUACUACUGAAACAAUUUAAAUAUUAUUAGUAUUAUUUGUAUUAUUAGCAUUUAUAGAAUGCCAACAUAUUGCAGAGUGCUUUAAAAUUCUAAAAAUGGAAUAUUUGAAGACGUGAAAAAGGCCCUGCUCAAACAAGCUUAUAGAUUUUAAUGUUAUGCCAAAAUAUCACUGGAGGUUUUUCUAGCUGUCAAGUUAUUUAGAAAUUGAGAAUAUCAGUAUUCUUUCUUCUCAUCCCAAAACAUGCUACAUUUCCCACUUUUUUAAAUUUCCUGCUAUGGUCGGAAAUAAAGUAAAUUUUGAAAAACAGAAAUGCCAUUAUUUUUACUCAUUAUGUAAAAUUUUAAGGAAAACAUUCACUCUAAUCUAACCGAUAUGGUUGACGGACAGAGUUAUUCACUAUAAUGUAAAUUGUUUGGAAUUCAAAGAAAAUAUGAUAUUUUUUAGGCCACAAUAGCCAAGGUGAAAAAAAUUCUGAAGCUGAAUGUUUGGUUUUGUUUCUUUAAAAAAACAUAACAACUAUAUAGAUGAAUUAGGGGACACUCCGAUCUUCUUAUUCUAGUCUAUAUUUUGUUGUCAAUCACUUCAACUCACCAACUCACUGCAAUACUUAAAGGGGCAAUUCUGAGGCAACGUUCUAGAAAUGGAAUCUCAAGGAGAAUGCAUCUGGGGUUUAUUUUUGAAACAUUUACCUAAAUUGAGUUGACUAUUGCCAUACAACAUAUAGGAGAGAAACACAGGCUUGAAAAUAGUCUCUAAAGUAGCUGAGUGAACAUUUGUCCAGUUGAGCUAUUUUGGUCUAGACUCCAUCAGUACAUUAUCAUCUCACCAUUUAGUAAAGAGCUCCCUUUUUCAAUAGGAUUGCUCCCAUUUUUAUCACAUUUAUCCUGAAUUGCUUUCUAUCCAUAAUCCCUGUUAUAUAAGCAUUGGCAAAACUGUGUAACAAUAUAAAGGAAAUUAGUGUGUAGUAACAUUACAGCAAUUUAUGCAUAGCACCAUCUUUUGAUUUAAUCUAAAAUAUAUGAAAUGUUAAAUGCCAUUAUGAAAAGGUUAAUUUAAAAUUAAUAAGGAUAACAGGACAUAUAGUACUGUCAGUAAGCAUAAGAUGUCAUAGUACUGACAAUUGAGCCAAAAUAUUAGUCAUUUUUAUGUUUAUUAAUUAAAGCAGAAAUAAAGUGUGACCUAUAAUAAAACCCAGAGAGGGCCUUUAUUUUUAGCUUUCUGUAACGUGCUGUAAAGAAGGGAGAGGAGGGUUGAAUAGACCCCCCAAAAAGAAGGUCCCAAAUUUGGCAGCCCCAGCUAUUGCUAGAGUCUUCCUUCAAGGGGUAAAAACUGCUGACAACUUUAAAACUCAUUAAAGCCUGUCAAACUCACAUCCUGCUAAAAAUAGCUCUCCAAAUUUGUGGCACUGGAAAGAGAUCCCUUUGCCCUAAGAAAGCCAAAAACUCGCCAGGGGGAGGGAUUACCUCCCCCUGACAUCUGAUCUGGACAGUCAUGCCCCUGCCCCUUGGUUAAAUAAGAGGAGCAGGCCAGAGCAGGAGGACCACAAGCUCUAGUCAUCCCAGGACAAGUCCUCUGCUCUCUGCACAUCUCCAAAUUCCAACUUCAACAUGGUGGGUGUAAUAACAUUUUACUUUUGUGAGACCCCUUCUUGACUUAUGCAGUAGCUCCCAUUUACAAUAAUGCAGUUAAUAGGGUACAGGACAAGCAUUUGGCUUCUUUACCAUGGGAGAGAAUUUGUAAUCAACAGACCCCAAUAUUAGUGAUACAGCACUCCUUGAUCAUAACUAGUAUGUUUUCUAUGGAAGAAGCAUUUGAAUUAAAAAGUAUAAUUAUUGGAAGUAGUUAAAUUAUGUACAAUGUGUUCUUUUUAAUAUUGGGUAUAUCAAAUAUACAUUUAGGUGAGAUAAAAAGAUUGACACCUAUAGCUGAUGGAAAUGAAAGGAUUUUAGAGCACUUGAUUUAUUUUUUGCCUCAGUUUUUUGCCUUAUUUUGUCCCUCAGGAACACAGUUUUGUAUUAUAAUGCAAUGUAUUAAUGUAAUCAGUUUAAUGAUAAUCAGCUUUUAAUCCAUUGAAUAAGCAAUUAAUUUUAUAAUAAGAUAUCUUUAUAUUGACCAUAUGGUUUCUGAGUAUUGCACAGAUAGGGGGCUAAAAUAAGACUUAAAUGUUUAUAUAGCUGUUUCUACAACUGUUCAUGGGAAACCUUGGUCAGUUGUUGACUGCCACAUGACACCAUUGAGGCCAGUUGGUCAAAUCUGCUGAACUCAAAAUUCCUUUAGCAAAUUGGCUGUCAGGUCACCACAACUCAAUGGAUUGUGAUUAGAUUCCUGAGUUUUUGCAAAAUAAUACUACAAUCUAUUUAGUAUUGAAUUAGUAAUAGAGAAGGCUCCAAAGCAGGGUAGAUGCCAUGUUCUAAUAGCUAGACAUAUAGUUUAACUAUUCCCAUGUUUAAGUGAUGUUUUGUCUGUCAAUGCAUUUGCAACCAUGCUAGUUCCUCUCUCUCUCUCUCUCCUUUUUGCAGUCUUUCUCUGCUGAUGAGGUGGCUGGUAAGUGAACUACUUGUGAGCCUGGCUCAGCUGGGAGUGAAGUACCAAUGCCUUAUUGCCUUUUUAAGACUUGUGGGUUUAUGUCCAUCAGGACAGUUUUCUUGACCUCAAUAAAAAUUCAGGUCAAUUCAGGUCCAUUGAUAGGAAUGGACCUAUCUGGCAUUUUCUUCCUCGACAGCCUUGUUUGGCUUUCAGCUUCCUGUGAGCUUGUCACUCAUCAUUGCAUGGGUUUUCAUUCUGAGCUCCAGAUAGUUUUGAGUCUGAAAAUCAAACAGGACCUAAAUGAUAAUAGUAUUUUUUGUGGCUGAUUGUAUUUUUAACAGAUCGAGUUUUCUCAAGAUCAACGGGAUGGUAAGUUUUAAACUUAAGUCAGGAGGAACACAUCGUUCAAGUUUUUUUGUACUUUAAAAUGUGAAGUGAUCGGCCUGUUGAGUUCAUAUUGGGAUUUUGCCUCAGAUUGGUAACAUUUUAAGCAGGAAAAUGCAUUAAAUUAGAGAAAAUCCUGUAAUUCUGAUAAUCUGUGUUACUUAUGAGGAGUUAAUUCUGGCGCUCAUACUAUUUUAAAAAUACCACGUGCAGUUUCCUUUUGAAAAAUAGUUGGUAAAUCAAAUCAUGAUAAUCAUUUUACAGAAUAGAAUUCCCCUCAUACGUAACACUUCCACAGGCAGAAUUAUCCAAGCAAGUUGAAAUCUAUAGGCUUUUUUAAAACAGCAAGAUAACAUUGUAUUAUAUAUAUAUAUAUAUAUAUAUAUAUAUAUAUAUAUAUAUAUUGAAAACUGGUAUUAUUUGGGCUUUUUUUCCUUUACCUUAUAGGAGUUAAAAGGAACACAUUAUUGUAAUUUACAAAAGGUGUGGGGGGAAGGGGGGUUGGGGCAGGCUACUGAAGACUAAAAGGGGUCUUGUAAAAAGAGAUUUUGAGAUUAAUAUUUGAGAAAAUGUUAUAGUGUAAUAGGAAUUUUAACUUUAGUGAUAACCCAAUUUUGGUCUUUAUUUACUAAACAGUGCUGUGAUGACUUGUUGGAUACAAUUCCAUACUGAGAAUUUCUAUUUUGGCCUUAAUUUUGCAAUUCUGUUAUCGGCUCACCUCAGCCCACUGUUUAGUGAACAAGUACCUCUUUUAAAUUAAAACUUCACUCUUAUCCUAAAGUUCCAAAACAAAAUCAUCUGAUAAAUCACUGUAGAAGUGCUGAUGUGUCCAUAGAUGGCACCUUUGUAGACAUUAUGCUACAUUAAGAGAAUUCGUGUUUUAAGCUUGUUAUGGCUAAAAUCCGUUACCUUGCAGGUCUUUUUUUAUUUUAUUGUAUGUAUUUCUUUUUUUAAAACCUUGUUUCCUGAGAAUCGAUGAUAGUUAGUCCUAAAGCAUGGGCCAUGACUUCAUUUAGAUCAAGAAUCUCAAACUUUGGCUCCACAGAUGCUGAUGGCCUACAACUCCCAGAAUUAUCUGCAUGCAGUAGAUGGCAAGAUAGUUAUCAAAGUUCAGCAAUAUAUGGGGGCCAGAGUUUUAUAUACCUGAUCUAUGGGUCACCAAUAAAUGAGGGCAUAUUUUAGACUUUCUAAGAAUGAUGGGAAAUGUUUGCAUGUGAAAAGUUAAAUACCCAUGUUCUCUACCUGGUAGUAAACUCUAUAGUUCUAAAAACGUAACAGAAACUUGUGUUGUGGAGAAGCACAUUUAAUUUAAAGGUAUCUCUAUUUCCAUGUGUUCAUAGGCCUCCCAGUCAGUGCAGAGCAACAAUGCUAAAUGGCAUUGCGUUUCAGUAAUAUUAGAUCUGUUUGAGUAUAAAGCUGCCAGGUGCAGCAGUUCGCUGAUCAUUUUGUACUUGUGAAGGCUCAUGCUGACACUGUAAGAGUUCUAUAGUGACAGGUGCGAUCUGAAACAUGCUAAUUACCAUGCUUUCUGGCAAUAAAAGGGUUAUCUCACAUACGCAAUGAGGCUUGGUAUAUCCUGUUACAGCUGUGACUCCUGUCUAUCAUUAGUACCUUUUUACUGUCUGCUUGUAAAACCAUCUCUGGCCUGAUUUAGAAACCUCUCUGCUGCUCAAAAUAACCUCGUUUCAAGUAUCCAUUUUUAAAAUGAGCUGAACACACACAAAAUCCCUCCUUCGCUGCUAGAAGUGAUUUUCCAAUUUUUAGUUUGUGUAAUCCCCUUUUUCAUUUAAAAUGUUUGUUAUAUUAAUAUAAUAUAACCUCAUUAAGGUCACCGCAGCCCUGCACCAUCCACCACUGAUUUUUAGCUUAAAUUUUGCUAAUUGUUUUUAAGUUAGCUACAGUUGGGUAUGUAAUAAAUAAACCACUAAAUCUCCCCCUUUAAACUAUCACCAUAUUAACUGGUGUAGUUUAACCCCUUAAGGACACAUGCCAUGUGUGACAUGUCAUGAUUCCCUUUUAUUCCAGAAGUUUGGUCCUUAAGGGGUUAAUGCAGUGAAUUAAACAAAAAGAACAGUCAGUUUGUCUUUAAGUGCAAGGACACAGAAUAAUCAUAUGCAUUUAGAAAGAAAAAAUAUGUACAGAUAUAACCUAGAAAUAUAACCUAACAAAAGAAUCCAGGUCCAGUUCCAUACAGAAGGAAAGUAAAUGUGAGCAGACCCAGUUUAAAUUAGUAAAGUCCACGAGUCUCGUGCUGAUAAUUAGCUUAUUGUUACGUGUUUGGUGCCAUCCAUUAGAAGUGCAGAGAAAUGGAUAAUAAUACCAUUGAAUGUAACAAUAUACACAGAGAAACUCCAGGUAUAUAGUCAAUAAUGCUAAAGAUCAUUAUUUUCUUUGCACCAUGUACGUACCAUUUUUAUCUUUAGCAUAAAAAUACAAUUCAUUCAAAAUGUACUGUAAUAUUGUCAUUUGAUGAUCGUUAGUCUGAAGUGAACAUUUUUACUAAAUGUUCAAUAGCAGCACAUUAAAAUCCGGUUUAUCACUCAUUAAUUUUCUCUCUCUUUCUCUCAACAGACUUCAAAGAGGCUUUCCUGCUCUUUGACAGGACUGGAGAGAGCAAGAUCACCCUCAGCCAAGUCGCUGAUGUCAUGAGAGCUCUCGGACAGAACCCCACAAAUGCUGAGGUCAAGAAAGUCUUGGGAAAUCCCUCAGCAGAGGGUGAGUAUGGAUGAGGCUGAAGAACAAAGCCAUCAUAAAAUGCUCAGUUUUAGCAUUCCAGCCUUUCUUCACAAUAUCUAAGCUCACAUGCUAACUUGUAGCUUUGAACAUAAAUAUGCCACAGCAAUAGUACGUAGUAAGCCAGUAUUAGGAGUCCAUUAGUACAAAAGUGGAGUGGCUGGACUAAUGCUUUUGAGUAUCAAACACGAAUAGGCUAUUAAUGUUUGAUACUCAAUAGUAUUAGUCCAACCACUUCACUGGCCCUUAUGGACUAGUAAAGGCUGUUCCAUAGGGGCAGAAAAAAACAACUCCAUUGAAGGAAUACUGAUAUGUAUGUGUUUGAAGAAACUGUGGCGAUGCAGCUGGUUUUGAUCAUUGCAUGGUGUCUCAUGGGUUUAAGUGGGCAAACCCCAACAAGUCAGUGGGUGGGGGGGGGGGAGGCUAGAAGCACGACACCACCGCUAAUAGCAAUGAUGGAGCAGCAGUCAUGAAGCACAUCAAUAGAGUAGUUUAGGUAAUUCUUAUUAGAGUGAUGGAUGUAAUAGUGUAGGUAUGUGUCCAUUGAAAUGUUCAGAAAAUCCACUAGCAAAGUGAAAUACUUAUUGGAGGUAAGGAACAGUUUGUGUAGCAGUGAGUGGGUGUCUCUGUGAUAUAUCAGUAAGUUUAUGAGUAGCUCUCUCCCCAGAUUGAAUAGCACUUACCUUUUUCUCCCCAGAGAUGAAUGCCAAGAAGAUCGAGUUUGACCAGUUCCUGCCCAUGCUCCAGGCCGUUGCUAACAACAAGGACCAGGGCAGCUAUGAGGACUUUGUUGAAGGUCUCCGUGUCUUUGACAAGGAAGGAAAUGGCACAGUCAUGGGAGCUGAGCUUCGUCACGUACUGGCCACAUUGGGUAUGUAAAUCUGUUUUGACUAAAUGAUUGUUUCCAAAAUAAUGAUUGUUAUGGACAAUUUAACAACAUACCUCAACACCAAAUCUCACGAAUACAUACAUUUGUUUGUAACAGGUGAGAAGAUGAGGGAGGAGGAAGUAGAAGCCCUUCUAGCAGGUCAGGAAGACUCCAAUGGCUGCAUCAACUAUGAAGGUAACGUUUUAAGUACUCGCUUGUAUAGUUUAAUGAUGGGAAGAAUGGCCAUGAGACCCUCAAACAACAUUUUUAAUAAAAGUCUCCUCUGUUAAAAUGUUCAAAUAACUAGCUGUAGAGAACAGAGGUAUAUGAACAUCUGAUAAUAUAAGAAAUAAUUUGAUUGAGUCAACAUAAAUACACAUUAUAAAUAAUAAUAGAAUGUUCAUGCUCCUUGAGACCAAUUCCCUUCGUACCUAAUGCACCCAGCCUAAUUUCACCACUAAUUACCCCGAACCUCAUACUUAUGUUUCUCUUAUACUUUAAUAAAUAUUCCUUAAGAUAUAUGAUAAGAUAUUUUAACUGAACAAUCUACAAUUAUGAAACAGGAUUUCAAAUGUUCUCUUUCAUUUCACAGCCUUUGUGAAGCACAUCAUGUCUGUUUAGAACUCCCAAGGUAAGAGCUACUUUUUUUAUGAUGAGAUUUAUUAUUAUUGUUAAUAUUAUUUCCCUUUAUAUAGCGCCAACAGAUUCUGUAGCGGGGGAGGGGGAUUUACCUAUAAAUAGGACAAUUGCAAGAAAACUUACAGGAAUGAUAGGUUGAAGAGGACCCUGCUCAAAGAAGCUUACAGUCUAUAGGAUUUGAGGGGGAAUUAGUUACCGUAUUAUAAUUUUCAUACAUAAAAAGGGAAGGUAAACAAUCUGAAGAAAGGCAUUCUCCAUGCAAUUCUAUGAUCAGUUUAUAAACCCUGUGAGUUCCAUGCCAUGCCAUUAGUUAUUUACAGUACCCCUCUAGAAUGCAAACAGUUAAAUACUGGAGAGUCUGGAUAGAAUCAGAUUUAAACAACUUACAGGUCUUAGCCUAAUAUCACUCCCAUUAUGCUGAUUACUGACUGAGGCUCAUAGGAGGUAAAAACAUCAACAAUUGACUAGUCAGGGUCAGGGAAACUUUGAUAAAAUGGCUGCAAAGAUAUAUAUUUUUUGAGUUAAUAUUUUUAUCUUAUUUCCUCUAAUAUAUUUAUAUAAUUUCAAUCAAACAUUCAGAAUUUUUUUUAUUAGUUAUGUAAAACUUUUUUUCUCUGGUAGUAAUAUUUAUUUUUAUUUUUUUCCCCAUCUCUAGCAAUAUCUGCAGUAUGUCUCAGAAGACCUGGAGGCAUUAAAACCGUACAAAGACCAGUAACUGGUUUUCAACAAUUUUACGGGACUGUAUUGUAUAAUACAAUUUUUUUUUAUUUUACACCAUCGGGAUUUUGGCAUUUUCUUCUACAAACCCUGCUGUUAUCUGAAGAAAGAUCUUACAGGACAUGUCACCCCAGCAAAGCUGGCGGAAAAAAAAUCUAUCAAGAAAAUCUGUGUAACUUGCCACGGAGCAUUGUAACAAGCCUCAGCAUUGCAAUAAAACCAUCCUUUGAAUAGCUGGUGGCUACAAAGUCUCUCUCUUCCUUAUUUGCCUGACGUUAUGGGCCUGUUUUCCAAAGAACACUGCAUCAUUCACUGUUAGAAGCUCCAGUAAACUAAUGUACAACUGGUGCUUUUGACAGGAGAGUGGUUUAUUUAUUAUAUUUCUGUAUUCCACACUGUCAACACAAUAAAGUUUUGUUGAAAGAAAUGUCAAAACA